AAACAUCAAUAGCAAGAAAAACAUGACUAACAUAAAUCUUGUCAAACAUGUUAUUUACUUUCUCUUCUUAAUAAGCUGUUUUGUCACAAAACCCUCCGAUGCAUCCAGAGGUGGCAUAGCCAUCUAUUGGGGCCAAAACGGCAACGAAGGUAAUCUCUCGGCCACGUGUGCCACCGGCCGGUUUGCUUACGUCAACGUUGCGUUUCUUGUGAAAUUCGGAAAUGGCCAAACACCGGAGCUCAACCUCGCCGGCCACUGCAACCCUGCUGCCAACACUUGUACUCGUUUUAGCUCUCAGGUCAAAGAUUGUCAGACUCGUGGCAUCAAGGUUAUGUUGUCUCUUGGUGGCGGAAUUGGAAACUACUCUAUUGGCUCCAAGAAGGAUGCAAAAGUGGUUGCGGACUACCUUUGGAACAACUUCUUGGGAGGGAAAUCAUCUUCACGUCCCUUAGGUGAUGCUGUUCUUGAUGGUAUCGAUUUCAAUAUUGAGCUUGGCUCUCCUCAACACUGGAAUGAUCUCGCCAGUUCUCUCUCAAAGUUUAGCAAGAGAGGAAGAAAAGUGUAUCUAACAGGAGCUCCUCAAUGUCCAUUUCCAGAUAGAUUAAUGGGAAGUGCUCUCGACACUAAACUUUUUGACUAUGUUUGGAUCCAAUUCUACAACAACCCACCGUGUUCAUACGCUCCAAAUAAUACUCAAAAGCUAUUCGAUUCGUGGAACAAGUGGACCACUUCAAUCACAGCCAAGAAAAUCUUCUUGGGUCUUCCCGCAGCUCCUGAAGCUGCGGGAAGCGGUUUCAUCCCGCCAGAUGUACUGACUUCGCAGAUUCUUCCGACCCUAAAAAAGUCUAGAAAGUAUGGAGGUGUGAUGCUUUGGUCUAAAUUCUGGGAUGAUAAAAAUGGAUAUAGUUCAUCUAUAUUGGCUAGUGUGUGAAAAGAAUCAUAAUGACUAUUAAAAAUCAAUUCUCUCAUAUAUGGUUUAAAUUUGAAGAAUUGUUGUGUUUUUGUGGUGUUAGUAUUCUGGUUUGAAAUGUUUGUAUCAAUAUAACACCUUAAUUUCACUAAUUCUGGAUUUGCUUUCAGUAGGCAUGGGUACACAUGUUGCUCCAUGAAAGGGUUUUAGAGGUACCAUGUCUACUUCAUACCUAUAAAUACCAUGAAAGGGUUUUAGAGGUA